AUUUGCAUCUUAUUAUCCUCCACUAGCUCGAGCCCAGUAUAAAACCCUCAGUAGGACUGAGGCCAUAGCAAACACGCACAGUUAUCGAAGAGAAAGAGGGAGAGAGGCGAGCGAAGGGAGUUUUGUUUUGGACCAGUAUACCAUGAUCAAUCAAGUGGGAAAAUAAACAAGGCACGUGAAAGCGCUCUCGUUUGUUUUCUACUACUACUACGACGACUACGAUACAAACUGGAUUGGAAUUAUUUUUCUUUUUUUUUCACGAGGAAUUUCAUUCAAUCUCAUCCAAAGGGGGAUUUUUUUUGCUGCUGUGAAGGAUUACAUUGCACUGUAAACACUUACUGUCCCAACAAAAAAAAGUUGGUGGUUGCAUGGGAGCGCAGUGGAAAACAACUAAAAGGCGCAACUGAGCAACCCGGUCAAUAUUUUCACUGAAUCCAUCUCCGCGCAUCAGCUCCAGCAGUAGCUAUUAUCAAACCUUUUUGAUAUAAGGGAAAACGUGAAGGCUCUCUUCAUGAUUGUUUGAGGGUUGACCACACCAAACAGUGGAACUUGAACUACUUGUUGAGGGGGCUGUCAACACAAUGGGACGCCCGUGCCUGUUCCUAGCUGUCACUGUCUCCCUUCUCAUCCUCCAGGUUUCCUGCUCCGGAGUGUUUGAGUUGAAGCUCCAAGAGUUCCUUAACAAGAAAGGAGUGACGGGGAACGCCAACUGUUGCGCUGGCGGUGCCGCGCCGCCACAAGGCUACCAGCAGUGCGAAUGCAAGACCUUUUUUCGGAUCUGCCUGAAGCACUACCAGACCAACGUGUCCCCCGAGCCCCCCUGCACCUACGGCGGGGCUGUGACGCCCGUCCUGGGCUCAAACUCCUUCCAGGUGCCGGAGACCAAUGCGGACAGCUUCACCAAUCCCAUUAAAUUCCAAUUCGGCUUCACGUGGCCGGGAACGUUCUCUCUGAUCAUUGAGGCUCUGCACACCAACUCCCUGGAAGAUCUGACAACAGAUAUACCGGAGCGCCUGAUUGGCCGCAUCACCACCCAGCGCCACCUGACCGUUGGCGAGGAGUGGCACAACGACCUGCAGAGCUCGGGGCGCUCCGAGCUGCGCUACGCCUACCGCUUCCUGUGCGACGAGCACUACUACGGCGAGGGCUGCUCCGUGUUCUGCCGGCCCCGCGACGACACCUUCGGCCACUUCAGCUGCGGCGAGCGCGGAGAGAUCAUCUGCAACCCGGGCUGGAAGGGCACGUACUGCACGGAACCGACCUGUCUGCCCGGCUGCGACGACGAGCACGGCUUCUGCGACAAACCCGGAGAGUGCAAGUGUCGCGUGGGCUUCAGCGGCCGUUACUGCGACGACUGUAUCCGCUACCCCGGCUGUCUCCAUGGUACCUGUCAGCAGCCCUGGCAGUGCAACUGCCAAGAGGGCUGGGGCGGACUCUUCUGCAAUCAGGAUCUGAAUUACUGUACCCACCACAAACCGUGCCUCAACGGAGCUACCUGCACCAACACCGGCCAGGGCAGCUACACCUGCUCCUGUCCCCCGGGCUUCGCAGGGGCCAGCUGUGAGAUCCAGGUCAAUGAAUGUUCUGGAAGCCCCUGUCGCAACGGAGGCAGCUGCACUGACUUUGACAGCACCUACAAGUGCACAUGUCCCCCCGGUUUCUACGGCAACAACUGCGAGCUCAGCGCCAUGACUUGUGCCGACGGGCCGUGCUUCAACGGCGGGCGUUGUGCCGACAACCCCGAGGGAGGCUAUUUCUGCCAGUGCCCCACGGGAUACGCCGGCUUCAACUGCGAGAAGAAAAUCGACCACUGCUCUUCCAACCCGUGCUUGAACGGUGCAGGAUGCGUGGACCUGGUCAACUCGUACAUGUGUCAGUGCGCUCAGGGCUUCUCCGGCCCCAACUGUGAGGACAGCCGGGGAAGCUCGGGCCUCUGUCUCUCCUUCCCCUGUGAGAAUGGCGCCACCUGCCAAGAGGCACCAAACGGAUACACCUGUAGCUGCCCCCCAGGUUAUAUCGGCAAAAACUGCAGCUCUGCCAUCUCCCGUUGCCAUCACAACCCGUGCCACAAUGGCGCCACCUGCUACGAGCGCGACGGGCGCUACGUGUGCUCCUGCGUGCCAGGCUACGGGGGUCACAACUGCCAGUUCCUCCUGCCGGAGGUGCCCAGGGGGCAGCCGGCGGUGGAGGGGCCUGACCGCCGCUACUCCUCGCCAGACGACGGACACGACCAGGGCGAGGAGGACGAGGAGGAGGCGGGCUUCCCCUGGACGGCGGUGUGCGCCGGCGUCUUCCUGGUGCUCGUCAUCCUCAUCGGCUGCUCGGUGCUCGUGGUGUACGUGCGGCUGCGGGUGCAAGAGCGCCGCAGUCGCCACGGCGACAGCGCCCACGGCGACAGCCGCGAGACCAUGAACAACCUGACGACCACCAACAACUUUCAGCGCGGCGACAAAGAGCCGCCGGCCAUGACCACGGCGGCGUCGGUGAAGAACACCAACAAGAAGGUGGAUUACCAUUCGGAGCUGGCGGGGUCGCUGAGCGGGCUGAGCGGGGUGAGCGGCUCAGAGAAGAGCGGCUUUAAGACCCGCUACCCCAGUCUGGAGUACAACCUGGUCCACGAGCUGAGGCCCGAGGAGAUGCCCCUGUGCAAAGAGGAGGAGCAGGAGGGCCCCUCGGCCACGGGGGACUUCGUUCACGAACCAGAGAUGGAGGAGAGACGGAGGAAAAGAUUAAACAGUGAGGUAUCAGAUGAGAAACAAUCAGAAGAGUCGCAGCCGUGCUGCAGCGACGCACACUAUCAAUCGGCCGUCGAUGAUGAGUGCCAAUCAACGAGUGACAGCAAAUACCACUGUGACAGCCAGUACCAGUGUUCAGCUGGCACCAAAUACCAGUCCAUCUACGUCAUGUCUGACCAGAAGGACGAGUGCAUCAUCGCUACAGAGGUAUGAUAGCGGUGCAGACCCUGAGUGGUAGAGCUGCCCGUGUCUCCAUGAGGUGGUAACCUUGCCCUGGAGUAUGCUGCUGUUUUCCUGCUGCUGCUCCUGCUACUGUGGAGAGCCAUGGAACAAGAGGCCCCAAGGAGGACAAAAGAGGCACCCAGCGGGCCCUAACCCUGAGGAUCGUUUUCAGUUUCUCUGGACGGUUGACGGUGUGUCCCGGAAGGCCUGUAAUGGUUGACGUGAACGACCAGAACAAACUCAAUCUCAACGUUAGAUGCCGAAAACAUAACUAAAUGUUACAGAACUGACUGAAGAACUAUUUUGAUCCGUAAAAGGAUUUGGGUACCUGACGAUUUUCCUACAGGGAUCAAUACAGUUAGUAUUGGUUUUUUUGUAGUGCUUAAUCCAAGUGUAAGAAAGGGGCCGACUGGAUUAAUUCUGAAGGAAAAACAAAGAACUCUUUCAUGACAUCCGACAUGGGGUGUAGACUUGGAUGUAGACAAGUGUUAUUGUAGUACUCUGGAGUACUGAUUAAACAAACAUUGUAGUACCUUUGGAGUACUGAGGACUUUGGAAGUGCCGUUGUGGUACUGAUUUUGUGCUGUGGUUUAACAGUGCAGUGUAAAUCGCUUGGACAGUUAACUGUCUAGUGUUGUAUGUAGUGCUGCAGUGGUAGCAAGCUUGUAUGUAGUGAGGGUAGAGGGGUAGCAAUGGCAGAAAUCCUCUACUCUGAACUAGCACUACGACGCUGGCUAUUUUAGAAGUCCCCUCAUCACAGAAUCCUUUUUUUUUUGGAAGCGCAACAGUGGCUGCUUUUGUCUUUUCUUUGUUGAGAAUUAAUUUUACAGGGAAAACUCAUGUAUUUCUUUUGUUUGUUUACUAUAAUCAAGGACUUUUCAUGUGCCUUCCCAUAGAUGUAAAUAUGGAAAUUGUUAAAAAGAAUUUGGGACUUCUACAACAGCUGCGUCUGUAGCUCUGCCAGAAGCAAUGUUGGCUGAGCUGGCUCUCAGCAGACACUAGAAGACAAUUGAAGACUCCAGUAGUGAAUGCAGAUCGAUCCAACCUGGAUCCUGUUGGGCCAUACUGGCUCGAGUGCCAUGAAGGUUUUUGAUACAAAGGGCAAUGUUUUAGGCAGUGCAGCUCGGGCCACAGUCAUUUGAACCGAGACAGUGAAACAAAUCAAACAAAAAGUCAGGGAAGCAAGAAUUUUGGAGGUUUUCGGACACAAAAUGUUAUCCAGUCUAUUUCCUGUUUUUGUGUGCACAUUCCUGAUCACAUUCCAGAUUAUUUCCAGUGUUGAGAUAACUUUGCUAAAUUUGUCUGGACAGUUGCCUCGUGAAGAAAAAAACUGACCAAGGACAGUAGUCCCCAAAAUGUGUGGGCUGUUAUUGACUAGUCUUACUGCCAAGGAUCUCGUUGCACUAUAGGGUUGCGUGCAUGCGUUCGUCAGUAUGUGUGUGUACAGAUUUUUUUGUGAUGUUUGAGCUGGCCGCUCUGUCCCAUUCGCUGCCCGUCUGCGACCAUUUGCCAAAGGACAGACAACACCACCUUUUCCAAUGGUUAUGAUUUAUUGUCGAUAAUUUCCUUGUUGUUUUUUUUGUAUCUUUUAAUCUAAACAAAGAGGUUGUAUUCUUUUAAUUUAAUAAUGUAAUUAUUUGUGUUCGAUUUGUUUUCGUGUUGAAUUUUGAUAUAAUUUAAGUUUGGUUGUGUUUUUUUAUUUUGCAGUUCAUGUAUGUAUGUAAGUAAGUAUGCAUGUGUUAGGCACUUGAGACCACUGUGACUGUGUUGUAUUUAAAUGAACUGUCGUAUGUACAGAGCCUGUCAUUUUUUAUUACUGGAAAAAAACAGCGCAAUAUUUUUCCAAAAUAAAUGCUAAAUGAAAUAUACAAU